CGCAUUGAGUAGCGGUGUUUAUCGUGUUUAUGCUACAUAUUCGGGAAAUCUUCAAAAAUGUCUAGUUUUGUUAAGCGCCGAGGAGCAGUUUCCAUCAAAGGAACCCGUGCUUCGCUGCACAGUGGGCAACCGAUUACUUCAUGUGGCAAUCCAUCACUGGAUCACAUCUUUGGCGGUGGAUUUCCAAUCGGAUCGGUAAUUGCAAUCGAGGAAGACAAAUACGUGAAUUACUCCCGAGUACUAGCCAAAUAUUUUUUGGCUGAAGGGUUAGCUAACAAUCACUCAACAUUCGUUGCCAGUCUAGAAGAAGAUCCUGCUGAACUGAUAAAGAAACUUCCCGUUCCCGUGGAGAACACCCCUUCGGAAAACAAAAACGUGACUCAAGCUCCAGAAGACAUGCGAAUAGCUUUUCGCUACAACCAACUUUCGGUGGUAGAUCUGGAGCAAAAACCGAGCGCACAAAUCGGUCACUUUUUUGACCUGUCCAAACAAAUUUCCGAACAUGAGUUAGCAAAACACGAUGUUACCUAUUGGGAUGGUUCUAACGCUCAACCUUCCGAGAUGUUUACAAACCCACACUACAAGAGCCUUCUCGAUGCCAUUCACCGAAAAUCCAGUGAACCUCAGUUCAACCCCACCAGUGCAGAACCGAAGGAGAAAAACCUCCUUCGCAUCUGCAUCAACUCGCUUGGUUCUCCGCUGUGGUACGACCAGAACUUCUUCACGGACGCAAUCAAAUUUCUAACGAUCCUGAAAUCGUUCGUCCGCAACUCACUAAGCUGCUGUUUGAUAACGCUUCCGGUGUAUCUUUUCCAACACCUAGCAGACAACCACCGAACGGUGCGUCUGCUGGACCAAACCGAUUUUUGUAUCGCACUAGAAUCGUUCGCCGGUUCGGACAAGGAAACCAAUCCGGUCUUCAAGGAGUACCACGGACUAUUGGACAUCGUACGACUUUCCGCGCUGAACAGUUUGGCACCGUUUGUGCCGGAAACACGCGAUUUAGCCUUCAAACUGCGUCGACGAAAGUUCGUUAUCGAGAAGCUUCAUCUACCACCGGAGCUGGGUGAUGAGGAAACUGGGAAAACGAAAGCGGCGACGGCGGGUUUGAGUUGUGCGAGCACCGGAAUGGGUAAGUUGGAUUUUUAGCUGUUUCUGACA